AUGGCAAUCAAGGCCACUCGGGUUUCUACAUGGGGAGCUGACGACACGUUCAUUCUAAUAGCAUAUGUAAGCGAAGUUCUCUAUGUAUCGGGAGAAAACGGGGCCGGCAGGGAUAUGUGGAAGCUCACUCCCAACCAGAUCACGAAUUACUUCAUGUCCGUAUACAUCGGGCAGGUUCUCUACACCUUCACGAUAUGUCUAGUGAAAGCGUCAAUACUCUUUAUGUACCUCCGCAUCUUCCCAGGCGAAACCUUUCGGGCCGUCCUAUGGGGUACACAAGCCUUCAACGCGGCCGUCGGGAUUUCAGUCACCAUCGUCGGCGUCUUUCAGUGCCAUCCUAUACACCUGGCUUGGACGGUUUGGCGCCAAGACGGGCAGAGCCAGGGAUGGUGUAUGAAUUACAUCCUCAUCGGCGUCAUUCAUGGGGGAGUACAAGUCGCUCUGGACGUGUGGAUGCUCAUCUUACCGGCGUCCCAAGUACUGGGCCUGAACAUGCGUUGGAAAAAGAAGUGUGCCGUGUUCUUCAUGUUCAGCCUGGGUAUUUUUCUCACGGCGGCGAGUGCAGUUCGCUUUGGCUUCCUACUGAAAUACCAAGAGGGGACACACAACUUCACGACCGAUUCAUACCCCUUGGCCGUAUGGUCGAAUAUUGAGCUGAGCGUGGCUGUGUUCACGGCUUGUAUACCGAGUAUUAGGAAGUUCCUCGUCAGAUUUGUCUUCAAAAGUCUGGGAGAGACGACGAAUGUUCAACUCGAUCAAGGUCAAGAUAGAAGCUCGAGAAGCACCAGCAAGAGAUCAAUACGGCAUGCCGCGGACUCGGUGGAGGAUAGCUCACCACGGCUAUGA